GGCCAGGACAUGGCGACAGGUUUAUCACCCAUGUGGGUAAAACGGGUCGCACCCAUUGACGACGACUUUGUGCCGUAUGUGCCCACGAACCAGUACCAGUACAACCCAAACCUCGUCCCCACGUACCCCCAGCCCCAACCCUACCAAUACGACACGCCCAGGACCACCAGGGCCGUCGCCGUCGGGUUCCAGGGAGCCAAGUCGAACCAGAGUCGCCAUGGCGGCACCGUCACAGAAGGACCAUACUAUGCCAACAAGCUGCCCAUCUCCAUGUCCAUGCCUACCGGCCCCGAUAUCCCGUACAGGGAGUACAAGUAUAAGAGUUAUGAGGAGAUGAAUAAAGUUUCCAAAUCACGAAACAAGUACCAUGGCAAGAAUACAAACCAAUUUGCUGAGAAAAUCCCAAUCUCAAUGGGGUUGCCACUUGGCCCGGACAUAAGGCACAGGGAAUAUAAAUACAAACCCUACGACAAACCGUACGAGGAGGUGAAGUUCAAGCAGUACAUCACCCCAUACAGAGAGUAUGAAUACAAGGAGUAUGGUGCAGAGAAAGCAACCCGUCCCAAGAAACGCGUGGCGAAGCCAAUAGUUGCUGCUAAGACAUCGAAGAGUAGCAAGAAGGUUCAGAUCAAGGAUAGUGCGCCCGUAGUGUACAGCAGUGGCAACAGGGAGGUAGACGCGACGACUGCAGUGACGAUGGCGACGAUGGCGACGAUGGGGACGAACUACGACGAAGACAGCUUGAGACGGCAAUACUCCAACGACUUGAGGAGAUCCAUGGAGCUGGCUGGCGAGGCCGCAGUGUUGUCAUGGAUACGCAUGUACGAGCAGUCUAGGCGUAAUGGCGGCAGUUACCCAACACACUCCUUCAAUCGUUAUGUGAUAGAGUAUAACCCAACAGGAGCAAGGGAGAGCAUCAGACGAACAUACGGGUUCAGCCACGGAGUGGACUUCUGAUCAAGGGGAGAGAACCCUUGAAGCCAAAUGUAACGCAGUAGGAUUUCAACCACUGACCUGAGAUCGUAACCAUGCGCGUCUCCCGUUCGUGUCAGGCACAGACGUGCAGAAUGGAAAUUGUUUCCUCACACUCACCGUCACAGUAAAACAAGACCACAGACUAGGUUUCCCUAUGUUGAUAUUACAAGGCUUUACUACACCAUUAACGUGAUAAAGAAACGACUUACUACGCUUUAUUAAUCAAUUUGAGAAUUAACCCAUUAUCACAAUGCAAAGCUACACGGAGCCCAUGCAUCCUGACUAUCCCGAGUGUUUACAUUCCUGCAUUUAAUCCAGGCAGGAGGCUAAAGCAUGUCUUGAACCAAACUCGGUGAUGAGUGCGUAUAAUACAACAUCGCCUGUUAAAAGUGAUUGAGUGAGUGAGUUUGGUUUUACGCCGCUUUUAGCAAUAUUCCAGCAAUAUCACGGCGGGGAACACCGGAAAUGGGCUUCACACAUUGUACCCAUGUCGGGAUUCGAACCCGCCCGGUCUUCGGCGUGACGAGCGAAUGCUUUAACCACUAGGCUACCCGACGGCCCCGCCUGUUAAUAGGAAUGUCAAUGGGCAAUGUUUAUAAUUUUCCAUAUCUUUGAGUGUCAUUUAUAAGUUUGAUGUGUAACUGGCAAGUUAGAAUGGAUGACCUUGCUACAGUUGUAAUAAAGAAGCAGAUUAUCCACACUAUCUUACCAUCAGUUUAAUGUGUUUGUUUCAAACACUGUGAAUAUUAACAUUUCGGCAGGAUUGCGACAGGCUGCUUUUUUGGUGUAUGUGGUCAGCGAGUCAUCAAAAUAGAUUUGCUGGUAAAUGACUAUUUAUUUGUAUAUGUGUUCCCUCAAGGAUAAUAAACAUGAUUGUGUUGUCACCGUUGUCAGGGUCCCAGUAUUGGAUGGAACCCCAGGAGGGACAUUUGACAGUAUUCAUUACAUCGACAGUAAACACAUCAUUCAGUACACACUAUCUGCAGUCAAAUACUAUUUGAAUUAACUUAUUUCUAUGUUUCAAAAGUUUGGAUAGACUUACAUUUGAAAAUGUCCCAUCACUAAGACAGAUAUGGUUGUUCAACUACUUUGGUUUGAAGGUUGUUUAUUUCAGUCAUAUAAUGAGGUGAGGUCAGGUGAAAUCGGGUUAAAUGUUGAAUUCCAGAUCAUUACAG